AUGCCAGUCUACACAGGAUCCUGCUUUUGCCGCAAAAUCGAAUACGAGUUGAGACUAGAGUCCGCAGAGGAUGCACGCACAACCCUCUGUCACUGCCGGAACUGCAAGAAAGCAUUUGGGACAAACUAUGGCCUUACAGCCAAGGUACCCAAAGAUACAUUCCACCUAACCAAGGGCCAGCCAAAGGAACAUGCAGGAGACAACGGGUCUGGGGUCAAUAUUUAUCGACAUUUCUGUGAUACUUGUGGCAGUUUUAUUCUUGAGUUUGGGGAGAGACAGGAGAAUGCGAAAGAUCAUUACCGGUAUAUUUGCGUGGGAUCUCUUGAUGAUACCGAGGCGUUGCCUCCCAAAGGAGAAUUCUUUUGUAAGGCCCGAGCGAGUUGGAUGCCAGAGAUUCCCAAUGUAUUCCAUAAACAAGAAAUUCAAAAGUGA